UGCCUUAAAAGCUAAAACCAUGAUGUACAGGGUGGAACCACAGAAGCCCCAUAUGUUUUCUUACUUUUAAGAUGAAAAAAAUAUAUAUUAUUAAUAAUAAAAAAAUUAUAUAUAAAUAAUAUGAAGAACGUGGCAAACCUUUAACUUUACCUCGAUUCCUCAAUUCUUCUACAAUCUCUCUCCUCAAUUACACAUUUUUCUCAUCCACCACAACAAGAAGCUCACUCUCUACAUCUCAUUCUUGAUUUAUACCUCUACAUAAACCCUAAAGUUUCGAUCUUUAUCAGUUUAUCACCCUUCAGAGUUGAAGAUGUUGCAGUGGCUCUAAUUGAUCAAAAGAUAUUUGCAGUUUCAUAAAUAUGGAUUCAAAGUCUAGUACCAAAACGGUUGGUAAUAAGUUAACGGAAGAAAAUCCGAAAAGUUUAGAGCCUACAACGCCAACGAAAGUCACUGAAAAACGACCCGAAUUAGAUUCCAAAAAGGGUCAACAAAGUCAAGAUCAAUUAGGUAAAGAAAAAAGUUUAUCGGCUAAAAAAGAAGCGUCUGGUAACGCUGGCGGAAGCGCAAAAACCGGUGAAAAAACCGAAGUUGUUGAAAGUGGAAAAAGUAGUGUGUGUAGAGGAAGUACAAGUACCGAUGUAAGUGACGAAAGUAGUUGUAGUAGUUUAAGUAGUAACAUGAAUAAGCCCCACAAAUCAAACGAUUCAAGAUGGGAAGCGAUCCAAGCCGUUAGAUCGAAAGACGGGGUUUUGGGUUUGAGUCAUUUCCGGUUGUUGAAACGUUUAGGUUGUGGUGAUAUUGGGAGUGUUUAUCUUUCGGAACUUAGUGGUACUAAAUCUUAUUUUGCAAUGAAAGUUAUGGAUAAAGUGUCGCUAGAAAGCCGCAAAAAGUUGUUACGGGCUCAAACCGAACGGGAGAUUUUGCAAUCUUUGGAUCACCCGUUUCUUCCAACUUUGUAUUCUCAUUUUGAAACCGAUAAAUUCUCGUGUUUGGUUAUGGAGUUUUGCCCCGGGGGUGAUUUGCAUACUCUUCGACAAAGGCAGCCCGGAAAGCGGUUUUGUGAACAAGCCGUAAAGUUUUAUGUAGCGGAAAUUCUUCUAGCAAUGGAAUACCUACACAUGCUCGGGAUCAUAUAUCGUGACCUAAAACCCGAGAACGUUUUAGUCAGAGAAGACGGCCACAUAAUGCUUUCCGACUUUGACCUUUCGCUUCGCUGUUCAGUGAGCCCGACGCUUGUCAAAUCAGCUUCUCUCGACAAUGAACCACUCAGAAAAGGUUCGGCUUAUUUUAUCCAACCCGCGUGCAUGGAGCCCUCUUCUUGUAUCCAACCCGCAUGUGCGGUCCCCACAUCGUGUUUCUCACCUAAACUCUUCAUGAGUAAAUCCAAAAAAGAAUCAAAAUCCAGUUCGAAGACCAAAAACAAACCGGAAAUCAGACACCAAGUCACCCCGUUACCCGAGCUAAUGGCUGAGCCAACCGGGGCCCGUUCAAUGUCGUUUGUCGGGACCCACGAGUAUCUAGCACCCGAGAUUAUAAAAAACGAAGGGCAUGGGAGUGCGGUUGACUGGUGGACUUUAGGGAUCUUUCUGUACGAAUUACUGUUCGGUAAAACUCCCUUUAAAGGAUCCGGAAACCGGGCCACUUUGAUGAACGUAGUCGGUCAACCGCUGCGGUUUCCCGAGUCACCGGUGGUUAGCUUUUCGGCCCGUGAUUUAAUCCGGGGGUUGUUGGUUAAGGAACCGCAACAUCGGUUGGCUUACAAAAGGGGUGCUACCGAAAUCAAACAACAUCCGUUCUUCGAAGGCGUUAACUGGGCUUUGAUUCGGUGCGCUAGCCCGCCUGAGAUCCCGAGACCAGUUGAGAUUGAGCAGGUUCCGGCUGCACCGGUGGUGAUUUCCGGUGAGAAGAAAAGUGCAGGGGUUCCGGUUGCUGCACCGGAGAAAAAAGGGGCUGAUAAUUAUCUUGAAUUUGAUUUCUUUUGAUGUGUUUUUUUAUAUGUGAUUCUCUUGAUUGAAAGAUUAUAGUUCCCGGAGUUAUGUCCGGCGAGUGGCCGGAGAUUGUUGUCGUAUAGUAUUUGUUUGAUGUUUUAUGUGAAAACCAGCUGCAAAAUAUGUUUUGUUGGAAAAAGAAGAAAAUUUUGUGCA